AGACUUAAAAUAGCAUGGAUCUGCCCGUGGAUGAGUGGAAAUCAUACCUAUUUCAGAAGUGGUCUUUGCUCCCAAAGUCCAUUCAGUUCACAAUUUCUACAGCAGAGACUUUGAGCGAUGUCUUUCUUCACUCCUCUUCGCUUCUUCAAUCUGAGGAUGAGAUGUUUUUAAAAAGGCUUUCUAUGGAUUAUCUUGUGGGAAAGGACCCCAACGCUCCCCUUUUCUACAGAGAAGAAGGAAAUAAAAAAUUUCAGGAGAAGGAUUAUAUGGGAGCCGCAGUUCUAUAUUCUAAGGGAGUAUCGCACUCAGGGCCUAACACUGAGGACAUUUCGCUGUGUUAUGCCAAUCGCUCUGCAGCCCUCUUCCACCUGGGUCAGUAUGAAACGUGUCUUAAAGACAUCAUCAGAGCACAGACGCAUGGGUAUCCAGAAAGAUUGCAACCCAAGAUGAUGCUGCGUAAGGCAGAGUGUCUGGUGACACUGGGGAGACUACAGGAGGCAAGUCAGGCCAUCAGUGAUCUCGAAUGUAACCUCACCGCCAAACCAAUCCUAACAGCUUCCCAAUUUCAGAUUCUGCAGAGAAAUCUCGGUCAUCUGAAAAUGAAGGUACAAGAAAAGGAGAAUAUCACAGAAACCUUCCCAGCAGCUCUAACCAAAGCCUUUGAGGAUAUGGACCUAAGGGAAGAGAAUGAACAAAUUUCCAGUGCAUCAUCAUCUGUGAGGUUAUGUACAGACCCUUUAAAGGGCCGCUACCUGAUUGCCACAAAAGAUAUUCUCCCAGGAGAGCUCCUGGUGAAGGAGGAUGCUUUUGUGAGUGUCCUUAACCCGGGAGAAAUGCCACCACUGCAUCAUGGCCUGGAGAGCAAAUGGGAUACCAGAGUUACCAAUGGGGAUGUCUACUGUCACAGAUGUUUGAAGCACACUUUGGCCACGGUUCCCUGUGACGGAUGCAGCUAUGCCAAGUACUGCAGCCAAGAGUGUCUGCAGCAGGCCUGGGAUCUCUACCAUAGCAUAGAAUGUUCUCUAGGGGGGCUGCUUCUCACACUGGGGGUCUUUUGCCACGUUGCCCUGAGGUCAACUCUUAUAGCUAGAUUUGAGGAUGUUGACAACGUCAUAAAGAAGCUUCGUGGAGAGAUUAGAAACAAGGACAUCUGUUUACCUGAAAGCAAGACUCUGGUGCAAACCAGUGAUGACCUGGGAGGGGAGGGUGAGAAAAAUGGCAAAAGGUUUGAGACCCCAAUUCCUGGAUGUGAUAUUAAUGGGAAGUAUGGAAAUAAUUAUAAUGCUGUCUUCAAUCUUUUGCCUCAUACUGAAAACCAGAAGCCAGAGCACAAAUUCCUCUGUGCUCUAAGUGUUUCUGCGCUGUGCAGGCAGCUGGACACAACCAGUUUACAGACCCUCACAACAGGUUUGAAAUCAUCUCAGCCGAAAGCAGCAAUGGUUCCUGCGUUGUGUCAAGAGUUGCAUAUUUGGGGAGUGGCCAUGCUGAGACACAUGUUACAGCUACAGUGUAAUGCUCAGGCAAUAACUACCAUACAGCAAACAGAAUCUAAAGAGAACGUCAUUACCAACAGCAGGCAGGUCCGCCUUGCCACGGGCAUCUUCCCUGUUGUCAGCCUCCUGAACCAUUCCUGCAGCCCCAAUACCAGCGUGUCCUUCAUCAGCACUGUCGCUACCGUUCGGGCAUCAGAGCAGAUUGGAAAAGGGCAAGAGAUUCUCCACUGCUAUGGGCCUCACGAGAGCAGGAUGGGUGUUGCUGAAAGGCAAAAGAAGCUGAGGUCUCAGUAUUUCUUUGACUGCAACUGCCCAGCCUGUCAAAAUGAGCAGCACAGACCCGCUGCAGGGCCCAGGUGGGAAGCAUUCUGUUGCAGCCGUUGCAGAGCGCUCAUGCAGGGAGAUGAUAUGCUAAGCUGUAACAACGCAUCUUGUACGGAAGCAGUCAGCAGGGAUCACCUCGUCUCUCAGCUGCAGGACCUUCAGCAGCAGGUUGGGAUGGCCCAGAAGCUCCUAAGAAAUGGUAAACUAGAGCGAGCCAUUCAGCUAUUGUUGGGGUGCCAGCAUGAUGCUGAGAGCUUCCUGUCAGCGGAACACAGCAUGGUAGGCGCAAUCGAGGAUGACCUGGCCCAGGCCUAUGCCGCCUUAGGGGACUGGCAAAAGUCAGCUACCCAUCUCCAGAGGAGCCUCCAAGUGGUCGAGGUUCGCCACGGGCCGUCCAGUGUUGAAAUGGGCCACGAGCUCUUCAAACUGGCCCAAAUCUUUUUCAAUGGGAAAGAUCCUUUCCUUCUGUUUUGCUGACAAAUUUGAAGCUGUAGAAUUUCCUCCUGAGAAAUGUGGGGAAAGCUCUUAGCUCGGAAGGGAGUUUCCUAGGGAGAACUGCCACGCAGCCCCGCCGCCCACAUCAUAGCAGUUCUUCUCAGUCCUCCCUGCUUACUCACACCUCCCUCGAUGUUCUCAUUCUCAGCACCCUCAACUCCAGGGGCUCUUUCUUCUCCAUGGUCCUAUUCCUGUUAAAGCAGUUGUUUUCAACCAGGAGUAAUUUUGCCCCCCGCUAGGGGGCUUUUGGCAAUGUCUGGAGACAUUUUUGAUUGUCAUGACUCAGAGUAGAGGCCAGAGGUGCUGCUAAACAUCCCACAGUGCACAGGACAAGCCCCCACAGCUAAAAAUUAUCCAGCCUUAAAUGUCAGAAGUGUCAAGGUUGAGAAGCCCUGCUUUAAAGGUUAAAAGGAAAGCGCCAUGCUUUAAAGGUGAAAGGGAAGGUUAGAAGGAAAGGUUAAAAGUGAUGAGUUGAUGCCUCAUCCACGUUUGCAACUGAGAUCUUUGGGAGGCCCUAAUUUCAGUAUUUCUGGAUGGAAUGCCUCCAGCCUUGAUAAAACUGCCAUUAGUGUACAUUGGUGAGAGAAAGUGUUUGAAGCUUGAUCCUAAGAUUAUGAAUGAUGGGUGGACCUGACACCCGAGACAUAGAGACAGUCCAUUUAGUGAGAGAGAGAGAGACAAAAGGGCUGCAGAGUUAAGUCUAGGGCAGACUGGGUUACUGUAGAUGAAGACCCCUGAGUAAACGUUGGGGUAAAUAUCAGAUUAAUGCUUUGAGAUUUGGCUGUUUCUCAAGAUCCUGGAAUCUUUAUACUUUUUUGUCAUAACUUUAUUCUCCAACUCCGCCUUGCAGUGGGUUUGUAAAAGACUGUAAGAUCCUUGAGGACCAAAAUGAUCUACUUUAUAUGCUUCACAGGGUGUGAGUAGGCCCUCAAUUAAUGUUUGCUUGAUUGAAUGAAUGGAUUCAUUCCCCUUACCUUCUUUGGUGCAGGUUUGCAAUACCCGAAGCUCUGAACACAAUACAAAAAGCAGAGAA